AUGCGCCCCAACAAGGGGCCAGGAAUCAAGUCUGCAACCCAGGUGGUGCGGCUGUGUCAGAACCCAAAGCUGGCGCUAAAGAACAGCCCGCCUUACAUCCUAGACCUGCUGCCAGACACCUACCAGCACCUGCGCACUGUCCUGUCAAGAUAUGAGGGGAAGAUGGAGACACUUGGAGAAAAUGAGUAUUUUAGGGUGUUCAUGGAGAAUUUGAUGAAGAAAACUAAGCAGACCAUAAGCCUCUUCAAGGAGGGUAAAGAAAGAAUGUAUGAGGAGAAUUCUCAGCCUAGGCGAAACCUGACCAAGCUGUCCCUGAUCUUCAGCCACAUGCUGGCCGAGCUGAAGGGCAUCUUCCCCAGCGGACUGUUCCAGGGAGACGCGUUCCGCAUCACCAAGGCGGACGCCGCCGAGUUCUGGAGGAAAGCCUUCGGGGAAAAGACAAUAGUUCCUUGGAAGAGCUUCCGACAGGCCCUCCAUGACGUGCAUCCCAUCAGUUCCGGGCUGGAGGCCAUGGCUCUGAAGUCCACUAUCGAUCUGACCUGCAACGAUUAUAUUUCAGUUUUUGAAUUUGACAUCUUUACACGGCUCUUUCAGCCCUGGUCCUCUCUGCUCAGGAACUGGAACAGUCUCGCUGUGACUCACCCCGGUUACAUGGCUUUCCUGACGUAUGAUGAAGUAAAAGCUCGGCUCCAGAAAUUCAUCCACAAACCCGGCAGUUACAUAUUCCGGCUGAGCUGUACUCGCCUGGGUCAGUGGGCUAUUGGGUAUGUCACUGCUGAUGGGAACAUUCUCCAGACAAUUCCUCACAACAAGCCUCUCUUCCAAGCACUGAUUGAUGGCUUCCGGGAAGGCUUCUAUUUGUUUCCUGAUGGACGGAAUCAGAAUCCCGACCUGACAGGCUUGUGUGAGCCGACGCCCCAGGACCACAUCAAAGUGACUCAGGAACAAUAUGAAUUAUACUGUGAGAUGGGCUCCACGUUCCAACUGUGUAAAAUAUGUGCCGAGAAUGAUAAGGAUGUGAAGAUCGAGCCCUGUGGACACCUCAUGUGCACGUCCUGUCUUACGUCCUGGCAGGAAUCGGAAGGCCAGGGCUGUCCUUUCUGCCGAUGUGAAAUUAAAGGUACGGAGCCCAUUGUGGUAGAUCCGUUUGAUCCGAGAGGAAGUGGCAGCCUAUUGAGGCAAGGAGCAGAGGGAGCUUCUUCCCCAAAUUAUGAUGAUGAUGAUGAUGAACGAGCUGAUGAUUCUCUCUUUAUGAUGAAGGAAUUAGCUGGUGCCAAGGUGGAGCGGCCCCCCUCUCCGUUCUCCGCGGCUCCGCAGGCGCCCCUGCCCCCGGUGCCGCCGCGACUAGACCUGCUGCAGCAGCGCUUGCCCGGCCCUGCGGGCGCUGGCCUGGGAGCGGCGCCUAAGGCCGCCAGCGCCCUGCAUAAGGACAAGCCCUUGCCAGCGCCCCCCACCCUGAGAGACCUGCCGCCACCGCCCCCUCCCGACCGGCCUUACUCUGGGGGGGCAGAGGCCCGGCCGCAGAGGCGCCCCUUGCCCUGUACUCCCGGCGACUCUCCGUCCAGGGACAAACUGCCCCCCGUCCCCUCCAGCCGCCUUGGGGAGUCCUGGCUGCCUCGGCCAGUCCCCAGAGUGCCCGUCGUCACCCCGAGCCCUGGGGAGCCCUGGGCAGGACGGGAAUUGACCAACCGGCACUCCCUGCCCUUCUCGUUGCCCUCCCAAAUGGAGCCCAGAGCAGAGGGGCCUUGGCCUGGGAGCGCCUUCGGUCCGGAUGCCUCCGUGAAUAUGAAUAGCAGCCCAUUAGCAGGUCCAGAGUGUGAGCACCCCAAAAUCAAACCUUCCGCAUCGGCCAAUGCCAUUUAUUCCCUGGCUGCCAGACCUCUUCCUGUGCCCACGCGUUCCCGGGCGCAGCGUGAGAGCGAGGAGGACGCCGAGUACAUGACAUUUUCUUUCUUAUUUCUGCUAGACUUCACGGAGGGUGCCCCAGUUCCCGAGAGACCCCCCAAGCCAUUCCCUCGGCGAAUCAACUCUGAGCGGAAGGCAGGGCCGGGCCAUCCAGGUGCCACCGCGGCCACCUCGCCGCAGCUCUCCAGCGAAAUCGAGAGCCUCUUGAGCCAGGGCUACUCCCACCAGGACAUCCAGAAAGCCCUGCUCAUCGCUCACAACAACAUCGACAUGGCCAAGAACAUCCUCCGCGAGUUCGUGUCCAUCUCUUCUCCCACCCACGUGGCCACCUAGCACCCCUCCGCCGGCGCUGGCGAGGAAGUGGCUGGGCUCCUCCCGGGCACCGGGCAGGGCUCCUGGAGACUUCGCAGUGAGGUCAGCCCUGCCGUGGCAUCUCUGUGGCUAGGAUUUCAAAGCGGUGGGUGAAAAUGGAGCGGCUGGUGGUGGUGUAUUGGUUGGGGGAGUGCGUUAGAAGGCUCUCAGGCCCCACCUGGGGCGAGUGGGGGUUUUUAUAAAAAAAGUAGCCCGCCCGCCUGCCCGCCCACCCGGGAGCUGCCCUGAGAGCAGCGAGAGGCAGGGCGCUACGCUCAGUCGAGUGGAAGACUUGGGGCUUUCCUGGGUUAAGACUGUGGUUGUGUCCGUCUGUCUGUCUGUGGCUGUGUGUCUGUGAUUGUAAGACGAACCUGCUGUCUCUGUUAAUCCCAGGCAGGGGAAAUCAGCACAAGAGGUUUCGGAAAGAACCGUGUUAAAACUUCCCUACGCUGUGGUAUCCCCCAGCCCCAGCGUGUGCCCAGCCUC